UUCUGGCCAAAAAAAGGUCUCAUAAGAAAUACUUUUGAAAGGAUGUCAGGAAGUGGAAUAAUACAAAGAAAAGAUCUUUAUCUUAUUUGGGAACAAAAGCACUUCAAUAAGAUAUCACCCUACAAAGAGUUCAUAUUUGAUAUGCUCAUCCAUCUUGAUAUUCUAUCAGAGCAGCGAAGAUAUGAUACUUAUACAGGAAGCCGGUUACCAGUGGAAAACUUCUUUGUUCCCUGUAUGCUCACUCAAAGAAAUGACACAAGAUUCAUGACCAAUGAAUGUACACCAGAGAAAGCCAUCAGUCUAGCUUUUGUUUUCAAAGGGACAAUAAUACCACCAGCCUUACCGAAUCGUCUCAUUAGCGCAUGUCUAAGUAUGUGGACCGUAAAGACGUAUGAAGGAAAACAACUCCUGUUUUCAGGAUUCGUUGGUUUAUCAUUCGAUAAAGCACAUGAUAUUGUAGUAUGUGUUGAAGGUAACAAGAUAUUGCUCUACAUAGUCCAUGAAACCUCCAAUGGACUGAUCGUGCCAGAUAUCGCCACUGGUAUCAAGGAAUGCAUGUAUACAACACUAGAGAGAAUCUCAGAAUUCUAUAAGUCCACAGUCUCCUCCAGCAGCCAGAAACUACCCUUCCAUAUUGAAUAUGCAUGCUCCAGUUUAGAAUGCCAUAUACCUGAAGAGGCAGCAUUUACAACUGAUGAAUGGAUCUGUGAGGAACAUCAGAUUGUACAUACUAAAGACAAGUGGAAUGUUUGGAAUCAAGAUCAGGCAAAAGAACAAUGUGAAGUGGACUGUCCAGGUUUACAUGAAGGUGCCUUAAAUCAGAUACCGAGUGAUAUUGAACUCCAAAGAUUUGCCUCAACUUGUGAUGAAAACACCAUACGUGAAUUGGCUAUACAUCUUGGGAUGACGUUCAAAGCAUGGGAAGAACUUCAAAGGAAUAACCCUGAUUAUAUUCAGAUUGUCAAGUACAGAAUUCUGGUCAACUGGAGAGAAAAAUUUUCAGGAAAAUUUAUCAACAUAGCGAAGGCUUUAACAGAAAUGAAACUAACAACACACAUGUUGUGUCAGGUUAAAAGAAUACGAAAAGGACAAUGCGAUAUUACUGCAGAAUAUAUGGAUUUAAUUCCAACAGAUGAAAUAUUGGAUGAACUAGCACAAGUCAUAGGAGUAGUAUCCUUCCAACUGGGUAUAGAAUUGGGAUUAUCUAUAUCAUCAUUAGAUGCAAUUCAAUACAACAAUGGAAGAAAUUUAGUCGCUCAAUGCAAAGAUAUAUUAUUCCAGUGGAGAGAAGAUCAACGAGUGAAGCCAACCAUUGGUGUACUGGUCCAAGCUCUAGUUAAUAUUGAAAGAGGUGCAUCAUGUUUGGGGGAAAUCAUUAAAACAGUAGGCGUGAAGAAAUACAUUCCACACGAAGAAGAUGAGAAGGAAGGAAAGGUUAAGACACUUUUUAAAAGAUUGAAUCCUUUUCAGAAGAGGAAAUAGUACCAGAACUUUUUAUGAGUAUAAUUAUCAAGACUUAAGCUAGGAAUUUUCUUGGCUGCAUGUUCAUUAAAAAAAGAGGUAACCGUUCUGAUACACUCCUUGUGUUAGUAAUAAUUGUCUAAACUAAAUAUAGUUAUGCAGACAAUACAAGGCAAAUAUGAAAUUCAACUCAGAGCAGACAAAACAUAAGAAAUCGUGUUCCUUUUUUUAAAUACUUUCUUUUCCAAAACCCUUCACAGAGAGCACUUUUUGAAAUUGACCCUCCUGUUAUAAAAAAAAAUCAGGGGAAAUUGGCCCUUCCUCUUUGUUCCGGUCUGAUGAUUUUGUGCAAAGUUAUGGUCCUUGGACUUAGAAAAUUUACUUAAAUGAUCAGUUUACCACACAUGUUUUCAUGCUUGAAGAUAUUGACAUGAUAUUUGUUAUGUAGUUUACACUAUGACAAGUUAUUUAAUGAUCAAGUUAGCAUUCUGUUACAGUACAAUGAAUGUUAAACCGGUAGGGGACUAUAUAAAUGUAUUGCUAUGCAUUCCUAUUAGAACGCUUGUUUAAAUCUUAUUAUAUAUUGUGAAUGUAUAUUAAAAUUGUAUCUUCCGUAGUAAAAACACUACAUGUCAAAAACUGCAGGUAUUUAAGGUGCAUCUUUAAGACAAGAAUGAUUGGAUAAACGCGUUGAAUCACUAGUUACAAUAUAAGUCCUGUACAUUCCGUUGACAGAAAAUGUGAAACAUCCUCAUCAGGAAAGUGUACAUUUCUAAGAUGUUUUUGUUUGUUUUGUUUAUGCUCUUUAAAAACAUGCUAUUACAUCAGUAUUGCGUAUGAGCAAAUUUAGCUGUACAGCAAACUGAAAUGCUAUGCUAUUCAUCACUAUGGUAUGCAAUAUCUAAUACAGAUAGAAACCCAUACCAAUAUCGCAUACGUUGUAUUACAAACCACGUAUCGCAUCUUUUUUGGGGAAUAUCAAUAGUUUUAUGAUGUUGAUAUAUAUUGCAUUGUUUAAUUACAGUCUUGAAGAUCUGAUUGGAUAGAAAAAGUCUUAAAUGUUAGAUCACUUUAUUAUUAGCGGUGUGUUAAUGUUAUUCUUGGUUUAGUUAAUAUAUAUCAAUUACUGUUCUAAAGAUUUCAUCAAAUAUCCAAAAUAUUCAAUAUACGAUACUUUUGAUAAUUAUAGAUUAUCUUUGAUCAUCUCAACGAGAUUGCUGUUCUCGCUUGAGCUGAAACAGCGAAAGUGAGAAAAGCAAUCGAGUUGAGAUGACCAAUGAUAAUCUGUUUAUCGCUAUUUUACCUAUGACGACGUUGUCAAUUUCAAUGUCAAUUUCGUUAGCAACGCCACGUGGUCUCCUUAGUUUCUAGCAAUAUUUUUUCCAUCUCAAGCGAGAAGCAUGAUAUGAAAAUUAUCACAAAAAAGAUCAAAGGAAAAACGCACACAAUAGCGAUAAUUGUUUAUUAUAAUAUAAAUAUUAUACUGUAUUAUUAAUUUGUACAUAACAACUAAUUUAAUUUGUCAAGAGAAAGUCGCAGGGUCAGCUAUAUUUCAUGGGUAGACUUAAAACGGUCGAUAGCAUAAGGAUUUUGCACAGCUAUUUUUAAAAAUAUCUAAGAUAUCUAAAAACCACAAUAAUUUAUCAAGAAAUCGUAACUACGACAAUGAACUAAUCUGAUGCAUUUUUAUUGUUUUGACAAUGAUAAUAUAUAAAAACAAUAGCCCCAAAAAGCUUUUUACUGGUUUGCAGACAAUAACCUGUGUAUAAGUCUAUAGAUCGCUAGGAAAUUUAAGCACAAGGAUCCAUAGCUUCAAAGGAAAGGUUGGGAUUGAUUUUGGGAGUGGUGACCCAAACUAUUUAGGAAUUAGGGGCCGAAAAGAGAUCAGAAACUAUGAUUUUCUAAUAACUAGAAAUAUUUCGAGUAUAAGUCUUAUGGAUUGAUAUUUAAUUAUACCACAAAGUUCAAUACCGUAAUAGAAAGGUUGGGAUUGAUUUUCGGGAUUAUUGUCCUAGCUGUUUAGUAAUGAGCGGCCAAGAAAACAAGUAUUUUUCUUGUUUCAUGACAAAUACUUGUGUAUAGGUGUAUGGAUCCCUAUGACAUUUUAUCACAAGGUUCGAUAGCAUACAAAGAAAUCUUGGGAUUGAUGAUGGGGGUCGUAACCCAAAUAAUUUAAAAAUUAGGGGCCGAAAAGUAGUCAGAAACUCGGAUUUUCUAGUAAUCAGUUAUAUGUAUGAUUUAAUAAAAAAUCAAUAAAUAUGGGGUAUCAAGCUUAAGUGUAGUGUACGUAUUUGCCCGAACUUUUCAGGGUUAGACCUUUUGUAAUUGUAUCAAGCUGCAUACAGCGGAGCAUUUUAUUUUACCAAGUAAAGUUUAACCAAGUAACGUAAGUAGCCUGAGAAUAAAAUUUUCUAUAACUUUCAUUCUAUUAUUCUAUUCUCAUAUGUCUUGAUCGGUGUGAGUAAAGUAGUUCUCAUCUCUAAAGAAAACUUUGUUUUCGGCAAAUCAUUGGUCGAUGACAUCACAUAUAAAGAACAGAAUUUACUGUAAAUAUUUGAAAUGAUAAAGUGUAUGUAGAUAUAGUCUAAAAUCAUAAGGGAAAACAAUUCCACCACGUUUAUGUCGUGUGUUAAGAUAUUUAUCACUCUCAACAGUUAAGUAUUUAGAAAGAAAAACUCGUUAAGCCUCACGUUUUAAAUUUCUAAAAAUAACUGUCUCGAGCAGAGAAAUAUCGUAACACACUUGAUGCAGUGGUGAAAUCUAUAUUACUCUUGCAGUGGUAUACAAAUAUUGAGCAAUCAAGGAAGGGUGUAUAUAUUUUAUUUGUUCUAUAUUGUAAAUAAAAGCAUGUUGAAAUGUUUCUAUGUUGUUUGUACACAUAUUUUGCACUAUCGAUGUAGAUCAUUGCUGCAUAUGAUUGACGAAUGUAUCAUGUAAAUAAAAGCUUUUUGUUCAA